UCGCUCUCCAAACGUAGGUCUUCUCUUUGUCUUCUCCCCACCCUCUUCAUUCCAAGUUUUGCCUAUCCCACCCUGUCCCCUCUUCAAUCAACACCUCCACAAUGGCAGCGCGUAAACAGCCCCGACUCCCCCCCAUCCCCAACCCCCCUCCAGGCCCCCAACGCUCCGCCCCUCCCAGCACAACCCAAGGCAAAAUCCCCUUUGACCCCGCCAACUUCGACAUCACCGGCGAAACGGCGUACUGGCUCUGGGGCGAGCUGGACGCCACUUCCGUCCCGCUCAUCGUCCUGCACGGCGGGCCCGGUGCCACGCACAAAGGCAACGAGGCGCUCAGUCUCCUGCACACCGAUUACGGCAUUCCGGUCAUCAUGUAUGAUCAGAUGGGCUGCGGGGGCAGUACGCGCUUCCGCGAGCGGAAAGGGGACGAGGCGCUCUGGACGCCGGAGCUGUUCAUCGACGAGCUGGCGAAUCUCAUUGCCUACUUCCAGGCGCAGCAUGGCAUCAAGCACGUCGAUCUCAUCGGGCACAGCUGGGGUGCUCGGCUGGGUGCGAUGUUCGCUUAUACGCAGCACCCUGCGAUCCGCAAGCUCGUUGUGGGCAAUGUAGGGACGGGCAUGAAGGAUGGGCACGCGGUGCGCGAGAAGGCGCGCGAGGCGUUGCCCGAGGAUAUCAAGGCCGUCUUUCGCCGGGCCAAGGAAGGGGAGAAGGUGCCGCCGGAGGAGCUUGAGGCGGCGGUCUUUUACGAGUUUGGCAAUUUCUUGUGUCGCGUGCGCCCAUGGCCGGAUCACGUGCUGAACAUGUUUGACACGGUCAGGGAGGACGACACCGUUUACAGCACCAUGUACGGCUUUAACGCGGGAGGCUCGCUCCCCCGGAAGCCCAACGACUUCAUGGAGAAAGACCUGCACAAAAUCACGGCCAAGACGGUGCCGGGCGGCAUGCUGGUCGUGAGCGGGCGCUACGACAACUACACGUCCGAGACGAUGCAGAAGUGGUUUACGGUGCCGACGUGCAAGGUUAUGUGGGUGCGCUUCGGCCUGAGCAGUCAUUCCAUUAUGCAGGAGGAGCCGGAGGAGUACCUCGAGACGCUGGGCUUUUUCCUCAAGAUGGCGAAUCCUUCUGUCGUUGGAUCGUAGACAUAGACGUAUCGUUGGACCGAGACCGCAUAGAAUGUGAAUAUUUCUGCAUUGGAUGAGCUGCUUUGCGCUACUCCUCCUUCACACGAUUCGACUACGCUAUAGUCAAGUCGGAGCGAGGAUCCUGACUGCAUGUGAGUUUCUCGCUGCACGACACGUACGUCAGGGCUGUUCAACCCCCUUUCCGCACAUUGGCAGCGGCGGCAGCCUUGCGCUCGCGUUCCU